AUUUUUCGUAUAAUGGCUAGCAGCCUCCCCACGCUGAUUUCUUGUGCAAGGACAAAGAUACAUCGCACAUGGCGGUUCUCAACCUCCUCGCCCUGAUUUUUGCCACGCUACUGCUGCUUCUCAGAAGAAGCACCGGCGCCGGGGCCGGCAUUUCGUCGGACACGCUGAAAAACGGGGGCAACAUCACCGAUGGAGAGACGCUGCUCUCCGCCGGUGGCUCAUUCACCCUUGGUUUCUUCACCCCAUCGACCACGGUGCCAACCAAGAGAUACCUCGGGAUCUGGUUCACGGCGUCUGGUACGGACGCCGUCUUGUGGGUGGCCAACCGCGACACGCCGCUGAACACCACCUCCGGCGUCCUGGUGAUGAGUAGCCGGGCCCGGGUGGGCCUUCGCCUUCUGGACGGCUCUGGCCAGACCGCCUGGUCCUCAAACACGACUGGCGCCUCUGCCUCUUCGGUGGCGCAGCUGCUCGAGUCCGGCAACCUCGUCGUGCGCGAGCAGAGCAGCAGCGCCAGCACCGGCUUCCAGUGGCAGUCGUUCGACCAUCUGUCAAACACCUUGCUCGCCGGCAUGAGGUUCGGCAAGAACCUAAAGACCGGCCUGGAGUGGUCCCUCACGUCGUGGCGGGCCAAGGACGACCCGGCGACGGGGGACUACCAUCGGGUCAUGGACACAAGGGGCCUGCCGGACAUCGUCACUUGGCACGGCAGCGCCAAGAAGUACCGCGCCGGCCCGUGGAACGGUCGCUGGUUCAGCGGCGUGCCAGAGAUGGAUUCACAGUACAAGUUCUUUUACAUCCAGAUGGUGGAUGGCCCCGACGAGGUCACCUACGUCCUCAACGCCACGGCCGGCACGCCCUUCACCCGCGUCGUGCUGGACGAGGUUGGCAAGGUGCAGGUCCUGUUGUGGAUUCCGUCCAGCCGGGAGUGGAGGGAAUUCCCAUGGUUGCCUCGCGACGCCUGCGACGACUACGCGUCGUGCGGUGCGUUCGGCCUCUGCAACGUCGACGCCGCGUCGGCGCCGUCCUGCAGCUGCGCCCCGGGGUUCAGCCCCGUGAACCUGUCGGAGUGGUCCAGGAAGGAAUCCUCCGGCGGGUGCCAGAGGGACGUGCAGCUGGAGUGCGGCAAUGGCACGGCGGCGACGGACCGGUUCACGCCUGUGCACGGCGUGAAGCUCCCUGACACGGACAACGCGACGGUGGACAUGGGCGCGACGCUGGAGCAGUGCAGGGAGAGGUGCCUCGCCAACUGCUCGUGCGUGGCCUAUGCCCCCGCCGACAUCCGAGGAGAGGGUAAUGGCAGUGGCUGCGUCAUGUGGAAGGAUAACAUCGUUGAUGUCAGGUACAUAGAAAAUGGACAGGAUCUCUAUCUGAGGUUGGCCAAGUAUGAAUCAGCUACAAGGAAGAAGGGGCCUGUGGCAAAGAUCUUGAUUCCAGUGAUGGCAUCUGUGCUGGUACUCACGGCCGCUGGCAUGUACCUUGUUUGGAUAUGCAAGCUUAGAGCCAAAAGUCGGAACAAGGAUAAUUUGAGGAAAGCGAUCCUAGGAUACUCGACUGCGCCAAACGAACUCGGUGAUGAAAAUGUAGAGCUUCCAUUUGUCAGCUUUGGAGACAUUGCAGCAGCAACAAAAAACUUUUCUGUGGACAAUAUGCUCGGGCAAGGUGGCUUUGGGAAGGUUUAUAAGGGUACGCUGGGACACAACAUAGAAGUUGCAAUCAAAAGGCUCGGUCAAAGUUCAGGACAAGGUGUAGAGGAAUUCAGAAACGAAGUUGUUCUGAUUGCAAAAUUGCAGCACAGAAACCUGGUUAGGCUUCUUGGAUACUGCAUCGAUGGGGAUGAGAAGUUGCUAAUUUACGAAUACUUACCAAACAGAAGCUUGGACUCCAUUAUUUUUGAUGCUGCAAGUAAGUAUCUCCUUGAUUGGCCAACACGUUUCAAGAUAAUAAAAGGAGUAUCUAGAGGACUUCUUUAUCUCCACCAGGAUUCAAGGUUGACUAUAAUUCACAGAGAUCUUAAAACGAGCAACAUACUAUUGGACGCGGAUAUGAGCCCCAAGAUAUCAGAUUUCGGUAUGGCAAGAAUCUUUGGUGGAAACCAGCAUGAAGCAAAUACUAAUCGAGUUGUUGGCACAUAUGGUUACAUGUCUCCUGAAUAUGCAAUGGAUGGCGCUUUUUCUACCAAGUCAGAUACAUAUAGUUUCGGUGUCAUAGUUUUGGAGAUCAUGAGUGGCUUGAAGAUCAGUUUAACUCAUUGCAAGGGCUUCCCUAACCUACUGGCUUAUGCAUGGAGCUUAUGGAUAGACGACAGAGCGACAGAUCUUGUGGACUCAUCCCUGGCUAAGAGUUGUUCCUACAGUGAAGCUUUACGGUGUAUCCAGAUCGGACUAUUGUGUGUGCAAGAUAAUCCAAACAGUAGGCCACUCAUGUCAUCGGUGGUGACCAUGCUUGAGAACGAAACUACACCACCUCCGGUACCAAUACAGCCAAUGUACUUCUCAUACCGGGGAACAACCCAAGGGACAGAAGAACAUACUAGCAGUUCUAUAAAUAACAUGAGCCUCACAACGGUGUUAGAGGGACGGUAGUUGUUUGUAUGCCUGUUUCUGGAACAGAUGUGUAAUAGUGCAUUAGUAGCUUAUUUGUUUUAGAGAAGUUAUAUAGAAUAUAGUGAUAUUACAUGAAAGAUGCAACAGUGCAAAUUUAAAAAUUAUUAUGACUUGAAUCUUUGGUUGCAA